AUGUCUCUUCUUACUUUACCAACCGAGAUUGUCUAUCGUAUUCUGGACCAUCUCAAUAUUUAUUCGACAUUGAUUUCACUUCGUCGUGUCUGUAAACGAUUGCAUACAAUUACUGAUACUUAUGAUCGAUAUGAACUUGAUCUGUCUUCAAUUCCAGAAUCAAAAAUCAAAUUGAUUGCGAGCAUUAUUCGACCUGAAAACAUCAUCAGCCUGAUUUUAACUCAAAACACAUCUAGAAAAACUAUUUUCGAUCUAUUUUUCUUACAUUUCAAGAUUCAUGAAUUUCCGCAACUUCGUUCUUUGACGUUAAGUGGAAUCACUGCUAACGAUUUUAAUCGUAUUUUACAAGCUUUGGCUACUUGCCGGCUUAGUUCACUAUCAAUACAUAUAUGUGAAAAAUGGAAUCAUGAAAUAGGAAGUUUUGCUAAAUCCCUAGUUACUCGUUUCGAUCUUCGCAAGUUAAUUUUGAAAUAUUCUGAAGAUCUAAUUGGGAACAUAUCAUGGCCAUACAAUUGUAAUUUAAACUAUCUCUCAUUGGAAAAAUGCACAUAUUCACAAUAUCAAUUGAUUCUUGGUAAUUUACCAUAUUUAAAGACUUUGAUAAUUCGAGAUUGCAUUAUUCGAGAUCAUAAUGAAAUGAUCGUCACAUUUUAUUCACAUCUAUCUUCUCUAACAAUUAAUGACUGCCAUCUGUCCAUAAAUGAUAUUGAAUUUUUGCUAGCACAAACUCCUUCACUGGUAUAUCUCAAGUUAGGAUCCCGUCGAGAAGUAUUUGACUCGAUCUUCGAUGGUUCGUCAUGGGAAAAGUUCAUUAUAGCUAACAUUUCAUCUUUGAAAAAAUUUGAAUUCUUAUUUUCCUAUACGCUAAAAAACAAUAAUGCAAUGCCUAAUAUUAAUUCACAUAUUGACUCAUUCCGAACACCAUUCUGGCUAAAUGAAAAGCGUUGGUUUGUUAUCUGUGAUUAUAAUAUGCAACAAAAGAUAAUCAAUCUUUAUACUACACCUAUAUGUAUAACCAAAACUGAUUAUUUAUCUCAAUCACUUGUCUAUUCUUUCUCCCAUUUCGUGACAAUUCGAUGGGCAGUCUUACCUAUGAACACCAGUCAUUUACCAAUAUUGAGUUGGACAGACGGACUAUUUGAUAUCAAUGACAUAGAGAUAAUCACUCAACUUGAUCUUCGCCACAAUCACGUUGGAGUUUUAGGAGCCGAAUAUUUAGCUGUUGGAUUAAGAUACAAUAAGACACUUCAACAGUUGAAUCUUGCUCUAAAUCAACUUGGGGAUGAAGGUGCACAACAAAUAGCUAAUUUACUACAAAAUUCAAUAGUUCUCUGA